CUGCCAUAACAGAAAGAGAAAAGGAGAUACUGAGUACAACAAAUAGAAGCAUGAGCCAUGGUAAAGGGAUCAGUGAUUUGAAAAGAAGCCUGUGUGCCACCAGGAUGCCGAUGAAGUGGAUUUCAGUUCUGCUGCUGCUACAGCUGAGUGGUCACUUCAGCCCUGGGAGUUGUGGAAAGGUGCUGGUGUGGCCCACAGAAUACAGCCAUUGGAUCAACAUGAAGACCAUCCUGGAUGCACUUGUCCAGAGAGGUCAUGAAGUGACUGUUCUGACAUCUUCAGCUUCAAUUCUUGUUGAUCCCAAUAAACCAUCUGCUAUUCAAUUUGAGGUUUUUCCUACAUCUUUAACAAAAGAUGAUUUUGAGAAUCUUUUCAUGGGGCUGAUCUCUAAGUGGUCAUAUAUGCCUAAAGAUACAUUUUGGACUUAUUUUUCACUAAUGAAAGAUAUCAUUUGGGAAUAUACUGAUUGUGUUCAAACACUAUGUAAAGAUGUAGUUUUGAACAAGAAACUUAUGACAAAGCUACAGGAAUCAAGGUUUGAUGUCGUUCUUGCAGAUGCCAUUGGACCCUGUGGUGAGCUGCUGGCUGAGCUACUUAAAAUACCUUUUGUGUACAGUCUCCGCUUCUCUCCUGGCUAUACAAUUGAAAAGUACAGUGGAGGACUUCCAUUCCCUCCAUCCUACGUACCUGUUGUCUUGUCUGAAUUAAGUGAUCAAAUGACAUUCAUGGAGCGAGUAAAAAAUAUGAUUUACAUGCUUUAUUUUGACUUCUGGUUCCAAACAUAUAAUCAGAAGAAGUGGGAUCAGUUUUAUAGUGAUGUACUAGGAAGACCCACUACAUUAUAUGAGACAAUGGAGAAAGCUGAAGUGUGGCUCAUUCGAACCUAUUGGGAUUUUGAAUUUCCUCGCCCAGUCUUACCACAUUUCGAUUUUGUUGGAGGACUCCACUGCAAGCCUGCCAAACCCCUGCCUAAGGAGAUGGAAGAGUUUGUCCAGAGCUCUGGAAAACAUGGUAUUGUCGUGUUUACUUUGGGAUCAAUGGUCAGGAACAUAUCAGAAGAAAGAGCCAAUGUGAUUGCAUCAGCCCUUGCCCAGAUUCCGCAAAAGGUUCUAUGGAGAUUUGACGGCAAGAAACCAGAUACCUUAGGGCCAAAUACUCGGCUCUAUAAGUGGAUCCCCCAGAAUGACCUUCUUGGUCAUCCAAAAACCAAAGCCUUUAUAACUCAUGGUGGAACCAAUGGCAUCUAUGAAGCGAUCUAUCAUGGGAUCCCUGUGGUGGGCAUCCCUAUGUUUGCAGAUCAACCUGAUAACAUUGCUCGCAUGAAGACCAAGGGAGCAGCUAUCAGAAUGGACUUCAACACCAUGUCUAGUGCAGAUUUGCUCAAUGCAUUGAAAACAGUCAUUAAUGACCCAUCGUGAGUACCACAAUUUUAA